AUGGAAAAGAUCCUGUGGGCAGCGGCUGCUGUCAUCGCUGCUCACCUGGCCAGCACGUUCACUGCUCAGGUUUAUGCCAAGGACCUCAAGGAUCCCAGCGAGCCCCAGGAAACCGGAAAUCCUUUUCUCACCAGGGUCCAGGGAUCAUUCCUUACAAAUUUGCAUUCAGACGACGCGGCCGUGUUUCGGGUAGCCAGUGCCGAACCCACCGAAACAGAGCAGAAGGCACCUGCGGCAGCCGGCAAUGAGAGGUUAGAGGUAAAACCGUUUUCAGCAAAAUCUCGCGAUGGAUCUGCCUCCGUACCUUCUUUUGAGCUCCAUGCGUUCAACCCCUUGGAGGCCGUUGUUCAGGAGCCGAAGGAGAUGCUGGUAAACAUGUACAGAAGGCUUGGAGGGAAGGUGAAGAAAAAGGACCUUGUGGGUGAAUUAUUGCAGCGUCUCUCGAAAGCGGUAUUUCCGCUCUUUCGUCGGCUGCCCUUCUGGGGCGAACCUCCUGCUGUCUUUAAUAAACAUCCUGGUCACAUAGAGGGGGGUCGUGAGGCGGUGGGCCGUGUGCUUGAAAAAAUGGGAGGAAGGCCUGUGCCGCCAGUGUAUGAGGACGCCAGACACCGUGUAAUGCUGCAAACAAGUAUGGGUAUCCUUCAACGGUACUCGCCCUUGGUGAUGAAUUCCAUGUCAGGUGAAAGAGAAGUUACUUUCCGUGUCGAGGACUACCGUCCUGUCCCUGGUUGGGGGGUGGGCGUAGGAGUGGUCCACCAAGAGACAAACCAGGAGUUUCUUUUGAUCAGCGUCAUCACCUUGGCGGAUGCCGCAUGGGGAAGCCGGCUCGAAUGGAAACUUCGGCACAUAGCAAAACCUCUCCAAACGUUAGGGUUGAGGGACCCUCGUGAAGCCUUUUUGCAUGAUCGCUUACUGCUCCCUCUCGAUCUGCUGGAAAUCUCCAGAUCAAAAAGCUAUUUUGUCACGAACCGUUUCGUCGUCCCCAAUCUGUUUGUUCUGAUGCCAAAGCCAGUGGCAUCGCUCAGUAAUAUUAUGCUGUUCAUUAGUGCGACCAACGAUGUCAGAGGAACCCUCGCUGUUCGCCUCAGUCUGACAUGUCAAACCAUUCGGGUGGUAGCAGGGUUCAAUAACCGAGGGUUUGUGCAUGCAGACCUUCGGCCGGCUUCCUUUUUGGUCAGCGCUCAAGGGGUCGUUUUCCUUGGGAUAUUUAACCGUGCGGUGGCAGCGAAACGUGGAACUCGCGUUUCCAAAGGAGAGCCGUUCGAUGUCACCACAGCUCCAGAACUGUUUCACAAACAGACGAAGCCCUUUUCUCAACCAGACAGAAAAACCGAUGCGUGGGCCUUAGGCGUAACGAUCUAUUAUAUCUGGUGCAACAGGUUUCCGUUUGGACUUCAAGACGGAGAUUCAAAACCACCUCCGGCACUGCUCGAAGGCGUACCACCCGACUUCAGUUUUUGUGUACAGCACAUGCCUGAUAUCGUUAAAGUUCUGAUCGGGCGCUUGCUCGAUCGCCAGAGAAUUACCAGAUUUACAGCAAGCGAAGUCCUGUUGAGUGGUGCCUUCCGACAUCUUCAGGAACUACUACGUGCGUCAGAGUCCUCUGCACUCUUCCGCACCCCGAAAGCAGCCGCACGGUGGGAAGACUUGAAACAAAGAGGGCUACGGAGAAGACACAGGUCUCGCCCAUACAAAGCUGGGCUACGGAGGUCUCCGCCAACCUGA